GGCAGCUACCUUGUUUUGAUAAGAGUAGCAGAUCCCCACAGCCGUGCGACUUGCGAGUGGGUGGAGUAGGUGAGUGAUUGCCCGCUUUCCAUACCAAACAAACCAAGAAAUAAAAUAAGUCCAAAAACGCACGCUGUGCUCGUGGCUCUUUUCCCAUAUCAUUGUCUGCCCAAAUUACAAUCAAUAACUCUCCGAAGCUUAAAAUAAUCUUGAAGAUAAAUUCCAGGUAUUAGCAGGGACAAUGGCGGCUGCUUCCUUCACAGUACCUCUUCAAUUUACUUCACAUUCAACUUAUAAUUCGAAACUUUCCGUCUUCUGCAAGCCUAAUAAUUCUUGUUUGGCAUCGUCUUCUGCUGGAUCAAGGGUUUUGAAUGUUAACAAAUGGCUACAUUUGGAAAGAAAUUCGAGAAGUUUGAGGAUUAUUAGAGCAAAGGCUGCGCAAGUAGCAGAAGAAGCCCCGCCAUCCUCUUCACAGAAGGAAAUGGAAGUGGUAAAUGUGGAUUUGGGAGAUCGGAGUUACCCAAUUUAUAUCGGAUCUGCUUUGCUCGAUCGCCCAGAGCUUCUUCAAAGGCAUAUUAAAGGACAAAAAGUUCUUAUAGUAACAAACACAACUGUCGGUCCAUUGUACUUGGAAAGAGUUGUGGCUGCAGUUACUCAUGGUUCAAAAACUUUGGUGGAAAGUGUUAUUCUACCAGAUGGAGAGAAGUACAAGGACAUGGGGACUCUCAUGAAGGUCUUUGAUAAGGCUAUUGAGACACGAAUGGAUCGACGCUGUACAUUUAUUGCUCUUGGAGGAGGUGUGAUUGGUGAUAUGUGUGGUUUUGCUGCUGCUGCCUUCCUCCGUGGAGUAAAUUUCAUUCAGAUUCCAACAACACUGAUGUCUCAGGUCGAUUCUUCAGUUGGUGGAAAAACAGGAAUAAAUCAUCCUCUGGGAAAGAACAUGAUUGGUGCAUUUUACCAACCUCAGUGUGUACUGAUAGACACAGAUACGCUGCAUACAUUACCUGAUAGAGAACUAGCGUCUGGUAUUGCUGAAGUUGUCAAGUAUGGUCUGAUCAGAGAUGCUAAAUUCUUUGAGUGGCAAGAAAAAAACAUGAAUGCUAUCCUAGCAAGGGAUCCAAAUUCUUUGGCAUAUGCCAUCAAGCGGUCAUGUGAAAACAAAGCCGAAGUUGUGGCAUUGGAUGAAAAAGAAGGUGGCCUAAGAGCUACCUUAAAUCUGGGACAUACAUUUGGCCAUGCCAUAGAAAAUGGUAUCGGCUAUGGAAAAUGGCUACAUGGAGAGGCAGUUGCUGCUGGAAUGGUGAUGGCAGCAGAUACGUCAUAUCGCCUAGGGUGGAUUGAUGACAUGUUACCAAAACGAAUACUUCAGAUACUUAAUCAAGCCAACCUUCCUAUCACUCCCCCGGAGGAAAUGACAGUGGAAAAAUUCAAAAAUAUAAUGGCGGUGGAUAAAAAGGUGGCUGAUGGGUUGUUACGACUCAUUCUCCUCAAGGGACCCCUUGGUAGCUGUGUCUUUACAGGAGAUUAUGAUCAGAAGGCCGUUGAUGACACCCUUCAUGCUUUCUGCCAAUCUUGACAUUAAAUUAAGAUGGCUACAUCUGGCUAAUUUUCCAUUCCAACAAAGUUGAUGUGCUUAAGCAGUGGGUUUACCAUAGUUAUUCACCUAUUUAGGCAUUUGGCACUACCCAAUAUAGGUCUACUUUUCUGCUAAUCAGAGUGUUAACCCUGUUCUCAAUUUAUAUAAAUCAAAAGAGUUGCAGGAAGAAUAUUGUUGAAUGUUAAUUAUCUGAGGUCAACGCAUUUCUUUCAACUGUGCAUAUUUUCUGCAAUUCAAGCAUUGUAGAGUGGGUAUAAUAGUAUUGCUAUCCUGGAAGAUGGUUUAGCAAAUGCAUCAGGUCAUACCAUUAAUUUAAUUCAUUUCAAAAAGUUCA